GGUAGAUCUACAUAAAAUAGCACUUUGUAUGUAUCUAUUUGGGAUUUGAUUUCUAUCAACGUGAUUUUGUAUACCUCUAGUGUCUCAUCUUAGGUGUAACAAUAAUCAUUUGUGUGGUAUCUUUUCCUUGCUACGUAAAUACUGUGAACAUACCUUUUGAAGAGUAUUGUGAACGAAACAUUAGUUUUCAUUUAGUCUUUUUUUGCCAUUGAUUUUCCGUAAAGUCUCGAGAUAAACCGAACAUGUACGAUGAUUACACCAUCCAUACCCUGCGCUAACCUGUCAGUUUGCGUUGCGCAAUUAUGAUAGGUGUCUGUCACGUCCGUUCCGUUCAAUUAUCUACUUAAACAUGUAAAUAUGCAAUUAAUUCAUACGAAUCAGUGGUCACAGUGCUAUUUUUUAUUUUAAGUUUUCGUACGAAUAUAAGUGUCAGAAAUCAUUAAGUAAAAAUGUCGGAGAUUCGGAAAAGGCCAAUUAUCGGUGACGAUAAGAAAGAAGAUGUUGAGUCUGAAGAUGAUGCAAAAUUGGAAGUUGAUGAUUUGGUUAAAAGCUUACAGCAAGGAACAGAUCAUACCCCACACAUUUUGGAUUCAGCUCUCUCUGGCUUACCCGAUCGCUGGAAGAACUGGGUAAUUAGAAGUAUAUUUACCUUGUUUAUGAUCGCUGGAUUUUUCGUUAUUAUUUAUGGCGGACCACUAGCACUGAUGGCUACAACACUGAUCGUACAAGUAAAAUGUUUUCAAGAAAUUAUUAACAUCGGAUAUGCUGUCUAUAGAAUUCAUGGUUCUCCAUGGUUUAGAUCUUUGUCAUGGUAUUUCUUAAUCACUUCAAAUUAUUUCUUUUACGGGGAAAAUUUAAUGGAUUAUUUUGCCGUAGUGAUUAAUCGAACAGAAUAUUUACGUGUACUUGUUACAUACCAUCGUUUUAUUUCAUUUUGUCUUUACAUUGUUGGUUUUGUAUGGUUUGUACUAUCACUUGUAAAGAAAUAUUAUAUGAAGCAAUUUUCCCUAUUUGCUUGGACACACGUCGCUCUACUUAUUGUUGUAACACAAAGUUACCUUAUAAUCAAAAAUAUUUUUGAAGGGUUGAUCUGGUUUAUUGUUCCAGUUAGUAUGAUAGUAAUAAAUGAUGUAAUGGCAUAUAUGUUUGGUUUCUUCUUUGGUAAAACACCUUUAAUUAAAUUGUCACCUAAAAAAACUUGGGAAGGUUUUAUAGGUGGUGGUAUUUCAACAGUUAUACUUGGCUUAGUGAUAUCAUAUGUCAUGUGCCAUUACCGCUACUUCGUCUGCCCUAUUGAAUAUAGCGUGGCUUUAGGACGAAUGACUAUGGAUUGUGAACCAUCCUCCUUAUUUCAACCUCAAGAGUAUAAUUUGCCCAAUAGCUUGCAACUUGUAUGGAAAAUGAUUAGUGGAAAGUCUACUUUAACUCUGUAUCCAUUUUUACUCCAUUCAUUAUCAAUGUCAGUAUUUAGUUCUGUAAUUGGACCAUUUGGAGGCUUCUUUGCCAGUGGUUUUAAGAGAGCUUUCAAAAUUAAGGAUUUUGGAGAUGUUAUUCCUGGCCAUGGAGGAAUAAUGGACAGAUUCGAUUGUCAAUAUUUAAUGGCAACAUUUGUAAAUGUCUAUAUUUCUUCAUUUAUUCAAACUGCUUCACCUCAAAAACUUUUACAACAGGUAUUUACCUUAAAACCAGAACAACAGUUACAGUUAUUUCAAACAUUAAAGGAUUCUCUACAAAACAGGGGUUUGUUAAAUAUCUGAUUGAUGUCCCAGCAUCUAUAAAACGAUGAAUAAUAAGGAUUUACUUUUAAGUAGCAGGAAAAGUUAGGAAAAACUGCUUGUUGUCAUUUAUAACAUCUGUCCGAAUAUUGUGUGCAACGUAUAUUUAUACAAACAGCAUUAACAAUAUUAAUCAACUAUAUGUUAAAUUAAAUUAUGACGGUAAAGUUUAUUUUGUAAUUAGAAAAUUAAGGAACAUGCCAUGCAACAUUUGCAAUUUUUUUUUGCAUUCCGUAACAAACAGUCCAUUUUCUAUUGAGCAAAAAUUUGUAUUAAACUGUGAUGAUGAUAGAAAUUCGACCAAGCGUUUCCUUUCUAUCAAUUAAACCAAAGAAUGUUGAAGGUACUGUGCGUUAUAAAAAAAAAAAAAAAAAAAGACUUCCAAGUAUUGAUAAAUGUUCGUUUUCUUUUUUUUUAACAAAUUACAACAUAAUAUUAAAUUUAUCAAUGAAAAUAAAUUUCAUAGUGUUCACUUCAAAUCAGAUGUAUUUACUUAAAUUAAUCAGAUCUCAAUAUAUUUUUAAA